CACAGCCUGAUUGCUUACUAUGUUUAGUAUAGGAUGACACUUUAUAGCUACGUGUCCUAUUAUUACCAUACUCAAAGAAGAAAAGAAGAGAGAGUUUUCUAGAGGGGACCGACCUUUGGGAGGCAUAAAUCUCACAAGAAUCAAGAAUUCAACAUCCAAAGAAAAAUCCCAGAACAUCAAGAAGUGAAGAAAACAUCACAAAGAAAUGUGCUGUGGAGAUGGAGAUUGUAGGCCUUUGGCCUUCCUAUUAAGCCUGCCCUUCGCCUUUCUUGCUCUCCUCGUCUCUCUUGUGGGCGUCAUCAUUUGGAUUGUCGGUAUACUGUUGAGCAUCAUAUGCCCAUGUUGCCUGUGCGUGACUGUGCUAGUGGAGAUGGCCCUGCAAUUGAUCAAAGCCCCCAUCCACGUUAUGGAGUGGUUCACCUCUCAGAUUCCCUGCUAGAUUAAUUCUUCUCCCUCUUUUUGUAACUUCACUUCAUCUUUUUCACAUCUUUGUUAGGAAAUUGUAGACCCUGUUUUGUCUUCCUCUGCAUCUCUUGUCGUUAUUGAAUCAUUUACUUCAUCCUAGUUGCUAUUUCUAAUCCUUCUAUCUCAUGCUUAUCAAUUUCUUU